GAUAAAAUAUGUUUUGCAAUGGACCUGAUGGCAAGCGAUCUGUAUAGCUAUCUGCAACGUUAUCCUGCGUACUGCGUCCAAAAUUCUGGUAGGUGGGCUGCGCAAAUGACCCUUGGGAUCAACGCUCUUCACGAGAUGGGGAUCAUCCACCGGGACAUCAAAGCCGCUAACAUCCUGAUCGAUGCUCGAGAGAAUGUGCGCAUCACCGACUUUGGCUUGAGUUAUGUGAACAAAAACGAAGGACCCUUGGACCGACGGCGGAAUUAUUGUUCGCAAGAGGCGGGAACGACGCACACCAUGGCACCUGAGGUCCUGCCCAACAUACCCGGCCCCCGUCUGUUCAAGUACGGAGCACCCGCAGACUGGUGGUCGUUAGGCUGCGUCAUCUACGAGCUCGUUUCGAAGAAGCACAAGUCACUCUUUGUUACAAAGGACGACAUACUUUUUUACUUUUCUUGGUGCAACCAUAACCGCGACAGACCAUCCACACAGUUCCCUGCCUUUAAAGAAUUACAUGAAGCUCUUGCGGAUUUGAUCUCUGGGCUGCUGCGACCCGUCCCGUCAUCGCGGUUUGGGUUCGCUGAAGUCGUAAAUCAUAGAUCGUUUUUGUUGAAACCCAACAUGUCAGAAUUCUCCGACGCAUACUCUCGCGCGCUUGGGCGCAGAGAAUUUCCAUCUAUGCUGCCAGACUUACGAUGUGGUCGAGAGACCAACGCAGCGGAGAUCUGGUUUUGCCAACCUUCCUGGGAGACAUCGCGCGUUCCGGGUGUGGACUGGGUCAAGCCGGCGCUUUUUUAUCCGUCCCUAUGAUGGCCCUUCAGUCCAGUCGGUGCUCAUUUCGUUUCGAUAGCUUCAUUUUUCACUGUCACUACGUCUCCCUUCCUUCUU